UUUGGCAAAUUUACCCUCCAGACUUUUGAACUCAUCCUGGUCGGAGCAGAGUUUUCUGCUUCAGUCUGAAAUUUGAAUUUCUGGAAAAAUGUGUGUGAGAUAUCUUGGAUUUGUGCUUCUGGCUUGGCUUCUUGAAGUGUUCUGUGUUUCAGCACAGAUAGCUGCACAUCCCUGUGCUCCUCCUGCUCUGGAAGGAGGUUAUUUUAUUCCUGAACAAAACGAGUAUCCUCAUGAAGCAACGCUCAUUUAUGCCUGCGAUGCUGGACGUAAGCCAGUGGCAGAGGGGUGGUGGGCAACAAGCAGCUGUCAGAAUGGAAAAUGGUCUCAUGAACCUCAGUGUGUGAAAGAAAACUCCUGCUUUCAACCAACAAUCCCUCAUGGGACAUGCCAAAAACGUUGGUAUGAAGAAAAUGACAUGAUUACAGUAACGUGUCACAAAGGAUAUGAACUGAAACACGGCUCCUCCAAUGCUCGAUGUAUGAAUGGAAGAUGGUCUUCUCUGCCUGUGUGUGAAAAACAAGCUGAUGCAUGUGGAGAACCUGCUAAAAUUCCCCAUGCAGUCAUCAUUUAUCAGGAACCCCAGGAUGUGUUUGCUUCAGAUUCUGAGCUGCAGUUUGAAUGUAAAGAUGGAUUUGAAAGCAAGAACAUCAAAACACUCACUUGCAAGUCUGGAAGCUGGUUUGGUAGCCCACUAUGUAGGCCACAGGACAGAAGCCCCUCCCAGCUGCCACCAGGCGAGAGGCAGGAUAUAACCUUGACACCUCGCCAGCCCAGCCCAGCUCGAUACUGUGUGAUGCAUCCUGAUCAGUAUUACCAGUAUGGCUUCCGCUUACCCUCAGCUAUUCAUCUGUAUGAGGGACAAACACAGUAUCUGUUCACUUCAUCAGACUGCCACAUCCAUGCGCGUUGUGCUAACAGCAGAGUGAGCCUGGCCAGGUGUAAGUAUAAAGUCUCAUUUCACUUUCAUCACCCUAUCAUCAUUCCACACCAUCUCUAAACAAGCCCGUCCACCUGUACCCUCUUCUUCUUCCUAAAUGUGGAUUUGAUAUUUUCUUACUAAAAAGCCAUGGACAUCUCAUUUUCAUCUCACUAAUGUAAAGAAGUUUUUGCCCUUUAGAGCACUGAUACAGCCUCAUAGCAUCCCAGAGUCUGAGAACAGUCUGGAGGGUCAUUGUUGUCUUUGGUCUAGAUCAGUGGUUCCCAAACUUUUUCAGUCAUGGCCGCCAGGAUGAGAGAGAUUUUUAAAAU